GGGCAGCUCCGGGUCUAUAAAGAGAGGCUUCCCGGGCGAGCCGGGAGAUUUGGACGCCCCUGCCUGGGAGGUGUGCCAGAUCUGAGCUCUCCACCCGGUUUCUUCUCCGCUGUCCCCCCAGUUGGAGAUCUGGGACCAACCAGGCACCAUGGCGCAGAAGGGCCAGCUCAGCGAUGAUGAGAAGUUCCUCUUUGUGGACAAAAACUUCGUCAACAGCCCGGUGGCCCAGGCCGACUGGGCCGCCAAGAAGCUGGUCUGGGUCCCUUCGGAGAAGCAGGGCUUCGAGGCAGCCAGCAUCAAGGAGGAGAAAGGGGACGAGGUGAUCGUGGAGCUGGUGGAGAAUGGCAAGAAGGUGACGGUCGGCAAAGAUGACAUCCAGAAGAUGAACCCGCCCAAAUUCUCCAAGGUGGAGGACAUGGCAGAGCUGACCUGCCUCAAUGAGGCCUCUGUGCUGCACAACCUGAGGGAGAGGUACUUCUCCGGGCUCAUCUACACGUACUCCGGCCUCUUCUGCGUGGUGGUCAACCCCUACAAGCAGCUGCCCAUCUACUCGGAGAAGAUCGUGGACAUGUACAAGGGCAAGAAGAGGCACGAGAUGCCACCCCACAUCUACGCCAUUGCUGACACGGCCUACCGGAGCAUGCUGCAGGAUCGAGAGGACCAGUCCAUUCUGUGCACAGGCGAGUCUGGAGCUGGGAAGACGGAAAACACCAAGAAGGUCAUCCAGUAUCUGGCCGUGGUGGCCUCCUCCCACAAGGGCAAGAAGGACACAAGCAUCACGCAAGGCCCAUCUUUUGCCUACGGUGAGCUGGAGAAGCAGCUUCUACAAGCAAACCCGAUUCUGGAGGCUUUUGGCAACGCGAAGACGGUCAAGAACGACAACUCUUCACGGUUUGGCAAAUUCAUCCGCAUCAACUUCGAUGUCACUGGCUACAUCGUGGGAGCCAACAUCGAGACGUAUCUGCUGGAGAAGUCUCGGGCCAUUCGCCAAGCCAGAGACGAGAGGACGUUCCACAUCUUUUAUUACCUGAUUGCUGGAGUGAAGGACAAGAUGAAAAACGACUUGCUUUUGGAGGGCUUCAACAACUACACAUUCCUCUCCAAUGGCUUUGUGCCCAUCCCAGCUGCCCAGGAUGACGAGAUGUUCCAGGAAACCCUGGAAGCCAUGGCGAUCAUGGGCUUCAGUGAUGAGGAGCAGCUGUCCAUACUGAAGGUGGUGUCGUCCGUCCUGCAGCUUGGAAAUAUUGUCUUCAAGAAGGAAAGAAACACAGACCAAGCAUCAAUGCCGGAUAACACAGCUGCUCAGAAAGUUUGCCACCUCAUGGGAAUUAAUGUGACAGAUUUCACCAGAUCUAUCCUGACCCCACGUAUCAAGGUUGGGCGGGAUGUAGUACAGAAAGCUCAAACAAAAGAACAGGCAGACUUUGCCGUAGAGGCUCUAGCCAAGGCCACCUACGAACGCCUUUUCCGCUGGAUACUCAGCCGCGUGAACAAAGCCCUAGACAAGACCCACCGGCAAGGGGCUUCGUUCCUGGGGAUCCUGGACAUUGCUGGAUUUGAGAUCUUUGAGGUGAACUCCUUCGAGCAGCUGUGCAUCAACUACACCAACGAGAAGCUGCAGCAGCUCUUCAACCACACGAUGUUCAUCCUGGAGCAGGAGGAGUACCAGCGCGAGGGCAUCGAGUGGAACUUCAUCGACUUCGGCCUCGACCUGCAGCCCUGCAUCGAGCUCAUCGAGCGGCCGAACAACCCUCCGGGUGUGCUGGCCCUGCUGGACGAGGAGUGCUGGUUCCCCAAAGCCACAGACAAGUCCUUCGUGGAGAAGCUGUGCACGGAGCAGGGCAACCACCCCAAGUUUCAGAAGCCCAAGCAGCUCAAGGACAAAACAGAGUUCUCCAUCAUCCACUAUGCCGGGAAGGUGGACUACAAUGCCAGUGCCUGGCUGACCAAGAACAUGGACCCGCUGAAUGACAACGUGACUUCCCUCCUCAAUGCCUCCUCGGACAAGUUUGUGGCCGACCUGUGGAAGGACGUGGACCGCAUUGUGGGCCUGGACCAGAUGGCCAAGAUGACCGAGAGCUCACUGCCCAGUGCCUCCAAGACCAAGAAGGGCAUGUUCCGCACGGUGGGGCAGCUGUACAAAGAGCAGCUGGGGAAGCUGAUGACCACGUUGCGCAACACCACACCCAACUUUGUGCGCUGCAUCAUCCCCAACCACGAGAAGAGGUCGGGCAAGCUGGACGCCUUUCUGGUGCUGGAACAGCUGCGGUGCAACGGGGUGUUGGAAGGCAUCCGCAUCUGCCGUCAGGGCUUCCCCAACAGGAUCGUCUUCCAGGAGUUUCGCCAGCGCUACGAGAUCCUGGCUGCCAACGCCAUUCCCAAAGGCUUCAUGGACGGGAAGCAGGCCUGCAUUCUCAUGAUCAAAGCCCUGGAACUCGACCCCAACUUGUACAGAAUCGGGCAGAGCAAAAUCUUCUUCCGAACGGGGGUCCUGGCCCAUCUGGAAGAGGAACGAGACUUGAAGAUCACCGACGUCAUCAUGGCUUUCCAGGCCAUGUGUCGCGGCUACCUGGCCAGAAAGGCCUUCGCCAAGCGGCAGCAACAGCUGACAGCCAUGAAGGUGAUUCAGAGGAACUGCGCGGCCUACCUCAAGCUGAGGAAUUGGCAGUGGUGGAGGCUCUUCACCAAAGUGAAGCCGCUGCUGCAGGUGACGCGGCAGGAGGAGGAGAUGCAGGCCAAGGAGGACGAGCUGCAGAAGACCAAGGAGCUGCAGAAGAAGGCGGAGAGCGAGCUCAAGGAGCUGGAGCAGAGGCACACGCAGCUGGCCGAGGAGAAGAGCCUGCUCCAGGAGCAGCUGCAGGCCGAGACGGAGCUGUACGCCGAGGCCGAGGAGAUGCGGGUGCGCCUGGCGGCUAAGAAGCAGGAGCUGGAGGAGAUCCUGCACGAGAUGGAGGCCCGCCUGGAGGAGGAGGAAGACCGGGGCCAACAGCUGCAGGCCGAGAAGAAGAAGAUGGCCCAGCAGAUGCUGGACCUGGAGGAGCAGCUGGAGGAGGAGGAAGCUGCGAGGCAGAAGUUACAGCUCGAGAAGGUCACGGCCGAGGCCAAGAUCAAGAAACUGGAGGACGAUAUUCUGGUCAUGGAUGAUCAGAACAACAAGCUGUCCAAAGAGCGAAAACUCCUCGAAGAGAGGAUUAGUGAUUUAACCACAAAUCUUGCAGAAGAAGAGGAAAAGGCCAAGAACCUUACCAAGCUAAAAAACAAGCACGAAUCUAUGAUUUCAGAACUGGAAGUGCGGCUGAAGAAGGAGGAGAAGAGCCGGCAGGAGCUGGAGAAGCUGAAGAGGAAGCUCGAGGGCGAGGCCAGUGACUUCCACGAGCAGAUAGCAGACCUGCAGGCACAGAUCGCGGAGCUCAAGAUGCAGCUGGCCAAGAAGGAGGAGGAGCUGCAGGCCGCCCUGAGCAGGCUGGACGAUGAAAUCGCUCAGAAGAACAACGCUCUCAAGAAGAUCCGGGAGCUGGAGAGCCACAUCUCAGACCUGCAGGAGGACUUGGACUCAGAACGGGCCGCGAGAAACAAGGCCGAGAAGCAGAAGCGGGACCUGGGGGAGGAGCUGGAGGCGCUCAAGACGGAGCUGGAGGACACGCUGGACAGCACGGCCACCCAGCAGGAGCUCAGGGCCAAGAGGGAACAAGAGGUGACGGUGCUGAAGAAGGCCCUGGACGAGGAGACCCGGUCCCACGAGGCGCAGGUCCAGGAGAUGAGACAGAAGCAUACGCAGGCGGUGGAGGAACUCACCGAGCAGUUGGAGCAGUUCAAGAGGGCCAAGGCCAACCUAGACAAGAACAAGCAGACGCUGGAGAAGGAGAACGCGGACCUGGCCGGGGAGCUGCGGGUCCUGAACCAGGCGAAGCAGGAGGUGGAGCACAAGAAGAAGAAGCUGGAGGUGCAGCUCCAGGAACUGCAGUCCAAGUGCAGUGAUGGGGAGCGGGCCCGGGCCGAGCUCAAUGACAAGGUCCACAAGCUGCAGAAUGAAGUGGAGAGUGUCACAGGGAUGCUCAACGAGGCUGAGGGGAAGGCCAUAAAACUGGCCAAGGAUGUGGCAUCCCUUGGGUCCCAGCUCCAGGACACCCAGGAGCUGCUUCAAGAAGAAACCCGGCAGAAACUCAAUGUGUCCACCAAGUUGCGCCAGCUGGAGGACGAGAGGAACAGCCUGCAGGACCAGCUGGACGAGGAGAUAGACGCCAAGCAGAACCUGGAGCGCCACAUCUCAACUCUGAACAUCCAGCUCUCCGAUUCGAAGAAGAAGCUACAGGACUUUGCCAGCACCGUGGAGGCCUUGGAAGAGGGCAAGAAGCGGUUCCAGAAGGAAAUCGAAGGCCUCACCCAGCAGUACGAAGAGAAGGCAGCUGCUUAUGACAAACUGGAAAAGACCAAGAACAGGCUUCAGCAGGAGCUGGACGACCUGGUCGUCGAUUUGGACAACCAGCGGCAACUGGUGUCCAACCUGGAAAAGAAGCAGAAGAAGUUUGAUCAGUUGUUAGCCGAGGAGAAGAGCAUCUCUUCCAAAUACGCGGAUGAAAGGGACAGAGCCGAGGCAGAAGCCAGGGAAAAGGAAACCAAGGCCUUGUCGCUGGCGCGAGCCCUCGAAGAGGCCCUGGAAGCCAAAGAGGACCUCGAGAGAGCCAACAAAAUGCUCAAGGCCGAGAUGGAGGGCCUGGUCAGCUCCAAGGAUGACGUGGGCAAGAACGUCCACGAGCUGGAGAAGUCCAAGCGGGCCCUGGAGACCCAGAUGGAGGAGAUGAAGACCCAGCUGGAGGAGCUGGAGGACGAGCUGCAGGCCACGGAGGACGCCAAGCUGCGGCUCGAGGUCAACAUGCAGGCCCUCAAGGGCCAGUUUGAGCGGGACCUCCAGGCUCGGGAUGAACAGAACGAAGAGAAGAGGCGGCAGCUCCAGAGGCAGCUGCACGAGUACGAGACAGAACUGGAAGACGAGAGAAAGCAACGUGCCCUGGCAACGGCGGCCAAGAAGAAGCUGGAAGGGGACCUGAAGGACCUGGAGCUGCAGGCCGACUCGGCCAUCAAGGGCCGGGAGGAAGCCAUCAAGCAGCUGCGGAAACUGCAGGCCCAGAUGAAGGACUUCCAGAGAGAGCUGGAAGAUGCCCGUGCCUCCAGAGAUGAGAUCUUUGCCACCGCCAAAGAGAAUGAGAAGAAAGCCAAGAGCUUAGAAGCCGACCUCAUGCAGCUACAGGAGGAUCUGGCCGCGGCUGAGAGGGCUCGCAAACAGGCCGACUUGGAGAAGGAGGAACUGGCAGAGGAGCUGACCAGCAGCGUCUCAGGAAGGAACACACUUCAGGACGAGAAGCGCCGCCUGGAGGCCCGGAUCGCGCAGCUGGAAGAGGAGCUGGAGGAGGAGCAAGGCAACAUGGAGGCCAUGAGUGACCGCGUGCGGAAGGCCACGCAGCAGGCCGAGCAGCUCAACAACGAACUGGCCACGGAGCGCAGCGCGGCCCAGAAGAACGAGAGCGCAAGGCAGCAGCUCGAGCGGCAGAACAAGGAGCUCCGAAGCAAGCUGCAAGAGAUGGAGGGGGCCGUCAGGUCCAAGUUCAAGUCCACCAUUGCGGCACUGGAGGCCAAGAUCGCGCAGCUGGAGGAGCAGGUGGAGCAGGAGGCCAGAGAGAAGCAGGCGGCCACCAAGUCGCUGAAGCAGAAGGACAAGAAGCUGAAGGAGGUCCUGCUGCAGGUGGAGGAUGAGCGCAAGAUAGCGGAGCAGUACAAGGAGCAGGCAGAGAAAGGAAACGCCAAGGUCAAGCAACUUAAGAGGCAGCUGGAGGAGGCGGAGGAGGAGUCCCAGCGCAUCAAUGCCAACCGCAGGAAGCUGCAGCGGGAGCUGGAUGAAGCCACGGAGAGCAACGAGGCCAUGGGCCGCGAGGUGAACGCGCUCAAGAGCAAGCUCAGGCGAGGAAACGAGCCCUCCUUUGUUCCCUCUAGAAGGUCUGGAGGACGUCGAGUUAUUGAAAACGCCGAUGGAUCUGAUGAGGAAAUGGACGCUCGCGAUGCAGACUUCAAUGGAACCAAAGCCAGUGAAUAAACAACUUGCGAAAAGCAGAACAAAACCAAACCCAGUGGACUCUGCUUAGCGCUAAAUCCAUUUUCAAAUCCCAAAUGUCACAGACACCCCUCACAACAAAUAUAAAAACCACCACCCUGCGUCCAGGGUAUCGAUGGAGUUUUGAAUGCUGUACCCAAUGAGAAAAACCCAAGAAGCGACACAGACACCCCCGCUCCCCCCAUCAGUGAAUUGUGCAGAAAUCUUGAGUUUUUAGGAAAAUAGAACCACAGUAACUGAUCACUGGCAACUUAAUUUACGUGAAACGGGGAGAAAGUCACCAAAAUGGGUGCCACUGCCUCCCGCUCCCAAGCCAUUCCCUAGCUUGUCUACCCUUCCAAUGUCUCGAGUGGGCCCCUGUUUGAGUUCUUUCCCCUCUUGGUUACCGCACGUCAGACACAGUUCACCGAGACCAAGUGCCUUCGGUAGUCACAUGAAUUCAAAAGGAGACGCUGCUCCAGCGGGAUGAGAGCAAGAAUGUUACACUGUUUUAUAUGCACCCCGAUUGUACUUAAGGACACCUUCACUAAUAAAAGGUUAUAAAUCA